CGGGGAGUGCACGACGAGGCCGCUGCUGUUGCUGCGAGUGAAUCAGUCGUCGAGCGAGGAAUGGUCGCCUGACCGCAGCCAGCCAUGGAAAAGAGGCUGAAGCUGGUCGUCGUCGGCGACAGCUACGUCGGCAAAACCACCCUAUUGUUUGCGUAUGCGGAAAAGCAGUUCCGAAGUGUUUACGCGACGACUGUGUUCGAUAACUGGUCAAUUACUGUGAAUAUUGAACAUCGGAAUUACACUGUGAAUCUAUUCGACACCGCCGGACAGGAAGAUUAUGGGCACUUGCGAUGUCUCAGUUACCCAAAUACCGACGUCUUUCUUUUGUGCUUCUCAUUGGUGGAUCCAAAAAGUCUGGACGUUUGUUUGACGGUUUGGAUGCCAGAGAUACGAAAGUACGCCGGUGAUAACGUGCCGGUCUUACUGGUUGGCACGAAGGAAGACCUUUUGGAAACAGCCACUGACGAACAGAGGGUCUCGUUCGACGCGGCUCGAAGAGCUGCUUCGCAGAUGGGUUGCAUGAAGUUCUUGGCGUGCUCUGCUUUGACCCACAAAGGGCUGAAACAAGUGUUUGACGAGGCCUUUCUUGCCGCUCUCGGUGUCACUCUCAAGGACAGCUACCGGAAACCUUGUUGUCGCAUUUUGUGAUAUUCUUUUAUGGAUCUUCUUUUCAUGUUCAAAUUGAUUUGCCGUUACAUAUCUGCGGCUAUAUCAGUUGUUUUUCAACAGCUACUCCCUCAGUGCUCUUUCUGCUCCCUUGUUGCAUGUUGCUUCAGGAGCUUUCAUUGUCAAACCUCAUGAAACCAAUGUGAUUGCUUUGUAUAUUGCACCAGUGUACUCUACUUACAUUGUUACCUUCAUCUUUAUUGGAUGGUUUGUUUUGUCUUCUCAAUGUGUGUAUCUAUGCAGUGCUCACUGAAAGUGCCUGAUGUCAAUCAGCCAUGUGUAAUCUUUCUUCUGUGG